CUGCUUGGACAGUUUCAGAAACUGUCUUGUCCCGUCCACUAGGAAGGUUUAAUCAAAGCAAGCCGUUCUUCCCAUUCUCUGGUUGGCCGUCUUGACCUUGGGAGUAAUCUAUUCCACUUCUCCUCCUCCUCUCCUUCUUCUUCUUCACAACGUUUAGGUGACGGCUGGGGCCACCGAGCCAUGUUCUUCAGCAGUCGCCCUAACUUCUCCCUUCGUGUCUGGUCAGGGCCCGUGGAUUUAGGACGACUGUUAGAGAUCGUUGCAGGUCGUCUUUUCAAUGUCAUUCGCAUCAACAAUGUUGCGCCUGUCAUGGGUGGUGGCUCUAGCCACCCUGGCUUGCAUUGUCAUCGCAGAAAUACAGCCAAUUGAUGUGGAACCGGUAGUCAAAAGAGAACAGCCGGAUUUUGAGCGUUCAAAGGUGGACCAAGCCCUUCCGGUCAACAAAAGUAUCACCCAGGAUGAUACAGGAAAUGGACCUCCUGUGCCAGGGGACCUUGCUCCUAAUGCGUCGUCAGGUGACUCCGACAAGAAAGAUGAAACCGCAGUUAGCUUCACGAGUGCAUUUGUUUCUGCACUGUCUAUGAUCAUCGUCACCGAACUAGGUGACAAAACAUUUUUCAUAGCUGCUAUCAUGGCUAUGAAUCACCCAAGAUUAACUGUCUUUGCUGGGGCUAUGACUGCUCUAGCUAUCAUGCAUGUAUUGUCAGCUAUGUUUGGUUAUGUCAUCACGUGGAUCCCUCGUGUGUAUACUUUCUAUGCUUCGAGCGUCCUUUUUGCCAUCUUUGGCCUCAAGAUGCUUCGUGAGGGAUGGAACAUGAAGCCUGAAGAAGGACAGGAAGAAUUUGAGGAGGUUCAGUCAGAUCUGAGACGUAGAGAAGAUGAUGCUCGCAAUGAAAGUCGGAAUGAAAACACAGAAACCGAAGCUCCGAGUGUGAGUGUUCAGAUGACAGUAGAGGGAGAUGGCCAAGUGACGUCAGAAGAGGAAUCUAAAGAAAAACCUGAAGUUGUGUUCAAGCAGGAUUCAGACAAUGGUGAUGAGGCUUCGCUUCAAAAGGAGCCCCUUGAAGAAGGUGGUGCUGGUUUGAGAGGUAGAGGGCCAAAACGCAAUAAGAUUUUAGCACGCAUCUUGACCGUCGUUUCCCGCGUCUUCUGGCAAGCUCUAACCUUAACUUUCUUAGCCGAGUGGGGUGAUCGCUCCCAAAUUGCCACCGUUGUCAUGGCAGCAAGGGAGGAUGUCUAUGGUGUUAUAGUUGGUGGGCUAUUAGGCCACUUCCUAUGUACCGGUUUGGGAGUAUUAGGAGGUCGUAUGAUUGCUACAAAAAUAUCAGUUAGAACAGUUACUAUUAUUGGUGGAGUAACCUUCCUCAUAUUUGCUGUAUCAGCAUUAAUAAUGGGCCCUUGAAGCUCUGCUCAUUGUACAUAGUUUGUAAAAUGUACAAUUUUUUUGUUUGAUUAACCUUAUUGUGAAGGUGUAGUUUUCAUUCAGUUUAAAUGUAAGAAUAAGGACAAUACUCUGUUAGACACAAAAGUCUUGGUGCGGCUGAGGAAGCAUCCAUGGAUGUAUGUCAACACUUCAGCUUUGUCUGUGGAUUGAUUUGCUAAAAAGCUGCAACUCUUAGCAUUAACUAUGAGUUUUAAAUUUUAUUGUGGUUUAGUUUUUCAAUUUCUUUUGAGUCUGAAAAUUUAAUAUAUAAUUAGAUACACAGAAACCCCACAACUAGUUUUGUCGCUGAUCAUUUUGGGAAAAGUAAGAUAGCUGGAGAGUAUUGUUGUUAACGUGGUAAUUGUGUAAGACAUGUAUAUCUAUCUUAAUAAGAAGACUGGCAUAUUCUAUAACAUUUAAAAAGUUUGAAAUAAGCGCUAUUUCAAAUUUGCCACUGUUUCUGGGAAACAGUUUUUAAAUUUUAUGAGAGGUUUCAGUUACGUACAAUUUAUAGAAUAUGCUUAUACGUAUAUUUUUUUUAAAUGGAAAUCAUUUUCUACCUUGAAAUUUCAGACACUGGCUGUUGUGUGUAUUGUGAGUAAUUUGUCAAUUUAAUUAGUUUUUGGAAACUGUUGACUAAAACAGUCAAUGUCAUCCGGCAGUUGUGAGAGGAUGUGACUUCGAAUUUUUGACAUGUGAAAAGCUAUGGACAGAACCCUUUUAACUGGAGUUUGGAAGGAGCACAAUAUCUUUUAAAAGACACCCUUUUUAUGGCAAGAUUUCCCAUCCCUUAUCAUUAAGGGGCUGAUACUUAAGAGUAGCUCUUCAAAAUGAAGUAGGUAAUACAGGAAAAAUUGCUUAAUGCAAUAUAUCUGCUUUCCUACCAUAAAAGCCAUGUAUUAAAUGUGCCAUUGAUAUGCUCAUUGUGUUAUUUAUGUUCAUAUUUACUGAAUCAUAUGAGCAGGUGUGUUCAUAUGAAUUACAAAUCUUGUAUUAACUAAUGCCAUUGCACCUGGUCAGAACUGAUCAUUGUGUGAGUGAAGUGAAAGUUGAUUAAAAGGUGGGUGUGAGACACCUGUUAGAUUAGUGUCAACCAGUUGCAAUUUGCAGUAAUUGUGUUUGCAAAUGUGUUUUCAGUUAGACUUUGAUAAUGUGGAAGCAGCUAUCAUUAAUCAGAGUCAACAUCCACAUUGAGGAAUAUACAUUUAGUGUAAAGUAUCAUGUCAUUUACUGUAAGUUUUGUAAAGGGCCUCUUGUGCUCUCCCAAUUGAAAGAUACACCAUGUUCCUUUGGUUUGUUUUUCAUGCUAGCAUCUUCCACCUUCCAGACAACAUACAGUUAGCAGAUACCUGCUGGAAAAAAAUGCAUAACCACUGGUGGAACAGUUGGCUCCUCUUUUCACAGGAUGUUUUGCCUGUCUUUUAACAAGUUCUUCACUUUAACUGCAAUUUGACACAGUGUUUUCUUUGACCAGGCACAAUAGCAUUGGUGAAAUAGAUUUGCAUAUGUUAAAUUAAAAUUUUAUGACAUUUUGUAGUCAAGUGGUACUAUCAGUCUUAGACACAUUUUAUGUUUAUUACCAUAAUAUGCCGGUUGUAUUAAGUAUUUAAGUCUGGAGUACCGUUUGCACGAUUACGUUACAGUAGCCCUUGCUUUGGUAUAGCCUAUACAUGGAUAUGUAGGUUUGUCAGAUUUCCUCAAGUUUUCAGACAUAUGAGGGCUGUUUCUCAUCUGUGGUAGUACAGUAGUUAAUAUUUUCCCCUUACCUUAUCUUUUCUCAUGUAAUGCCGAUUUUGGUUACCACAGCUUCAAGCUGAUAAGAAUUUUAACUUUGAAAUAAUUUACUCAUGUAUAGUCCAUUUCCUAUUUUUUUUUGUAAUCACCUGUUUUUGUAUUUCAUGUAAUUUAUUUAAGGAUCCCAAUUUUGGGUGACAUAUCUUAUAAGCUAGAGAAUUCUAAGUUUUGUAAUUUUUAUAGCGACUAAAAUACAGCUCUAUUUAAGUCUGCUUCAGGUCUCUUGACAUUACGUAUUUAAUUAAUUUCGAGUGUGGGGAGCGUAUAUAUAUACAGUAUAAAUAUGGUGUGUAUAUUUAUGUAUUUAUGUAUGUACGUAUGCUGUAAAUAUAUGAAGGAAUCUAGGCAUUAUUGAAAAGGGUGUGGAUUGUUUCGUAUAGAGAUGGUCACAUUCGUGUGUGUAGAAUGAGAUGAAAUGCCGAUAAUUGUGAAACAAAGCACAAGUAAAAUGAAAAUAUAUUGCAGUAUGCAGAAGGUGUAUCAUCAAUGCUAUCCAGAAUGUGUGACUGAUAAGGAAGGUGGAGUCAGAUUAUCAUGUCAGUCAGAAACUCACCAGUCCCCUGAACGUGCUCCUAAUGAUGCGUAGUGUCAUGUCUGUUACCAAGCCAUCUAGAUUAUGUGAAAAUGAUUUUCUCUUGUUAUCCCCACUCCCACUUUUAGGGAGAAGGGAAUUGGUAGGGAGAUUCCUGGAGAAAUAUGCGGUAUCCUUGUUAAGUGUGUUGAAACGGAAGACAUUGAAAAAGUGCCUUAUGUAAGGAGUGGGGCAUGAUGCAAAGAACUGUGUAAUGCUGUUAGGCAGGGUUGCUUUUUCUUUUAUUUUCUUAAUAAAGCUCCCUGUUGUAGUACAA